AUGUCCUCGUCGGCCGCCUGGCACGGACAUGCGGGCCAGCACCCGGCCGGCGGCGACGACGACGACCUCAACCACUUCCUCGACAUGGCCGACGGCAUGCACUUCGACCUGCACGCCUUCCACGACGCCGCCCCGCCCCAGCCCUCGUCCUUCAUGGCCCGCCACCAGCCAGACAUUGUCAUGCCCGACGCCGCCCACUCCCAGGCAAACCUCUUGGGCCGCCAUCACACCCCCGUCAUGACCGACGCCUCCAUGAUGGCCACCCCGGCCCCCGACGCCUCCAUACCCAACAUCGACGCCCAGAUCCAGUACCUGCAGCGCCAGAAGCUUCACCAGCAGCAGCAGCAACGCCAGCUCCACGAGCAGCGCUCCGCCUUCUUCCACCAAAGUCACUCGGUGCCCCCGACGCCCCAGAGCCUCGAGAUGCACCCGGCCAGCAGCAGCUUCUUCUCCCAGCCCGAUCAUGUGCCCCGCCACGCCGUCUACGACCGCGGCUACCACCAGCGCAUGACCGAGCAGCAAGAUAUGGCCUUUACGCCCCUCGUGUCCCCGGCCGUGACACCUCUGGAUCCCCAGUUUAACGUGGAAAACGCCUUCGCCGUUGCUGCGUCCUACUUCAGCCCCCUCACCUCUCCCGCUCUCCGGGCCCAGCACGAUGCACCGUCAGCCUACGACCAGGUCGCGCAGUUCAACGACUCCCCCAUCGACAUGGACCUGGAGCCCCCCGCCAUGAGCGGCCUCGCCAUCAACCAAGACCUGUCCAAAAAGGCCAGGAAAAGCAACGCCGCUGCCGCCAAGGCCCGAGGCAAGGCGAGCAUCAAGAGCUCACCCAUUGCCAAGCCCCAGCGCCGAAGGACGGGCCCCAGCCCGGCCAUUGUGUCCCAGUUAUUGAGCGAGGUCGAGGGGCGGAACCCGUGGUCCGGGGACCAGGCCCUGCUGCCCAUGCCCGCUGCGUUGGCCGAUGGUCCUGAGGAGAAUGCGUCCGUGUCGCCGGAGAACCUGACCGACAUGCCCCCGCCUCCUAUACCCAAUCGACGCUCCACCAGCAAGUCCCCCUACAUCCAUCCCCAAAACGGGACCUCGCAGCUGCUCCCGCCCACACCCGCGUCGCUAAUGAAGCUGCCGGCCUCGAGGACGAAGAGACCGCCGGCGACCAGCCCUGAGCAGAAGACGGUGACGGACAUGAUCGAGUCGCUCGAGCUGCCCGAGGCCGUGACCAGCGGGCCGUUGGCGCCCGUCGACAGUCCGUUUACCUCGCCCGCCCCCUCUGCCGAGCCAGGUUCGGCCGCCAAGGCGCCUGCAACUCAGCCGUUGCCCUCGCCUGGCAUCAAAUGCCUCGACGGCACGGCGCCGGGCCCGAGCCCGCAGCUGCAGCCCGGCUCAUCGGCCCCGAGCGCGAAAAAGACGCCUCAGCUGGCGUCCCGCAACCGGAAGCGGUCGACGGGGUCGAUGCAUGCUUCGCCCGCGCUUCUUCCCCGGAUAUCGCCUAACAUAAAGCCGCUGCUCCCAGGCACGCCGGGUCUAUCGGCAGCAGAAGACACGGCGUCACGGCUGCUGAUGUCCAAGUCCAACUACCAGAACAUCCUGGAAGGCAACACGGUGCCGGGCGUGUCGUACCCCAGCGAGCUGUCGACCAACCUGACAUCGAAGCGGACAUCGCACAAGAUCGCGGAGCAAGGGCGGCGCAACCGCAUUAACAUGGCGCUGCAGGUCAUGGCCGGCCUCCUCCCCGACCAGCAAGAGGCCGAGGUCGGGGAGGAGGCGGAGAGGAAGGACGGGGGCAAGCUGGGCAACGUGCCCAACAGCAAGGCCAGCGUGGUGGAAAACGCCAUUGUGCACAUGCAGAAGCUGCAGAAGGAGAAUGGCGAUCUAAAGCAGCAAGUCCAAGAGCUCAAGGAUCAGUUGAAAAGGAUCAAGGAGUCACCAACAGACUCUUGA